AUGCAAUUUAAUAAGCAAAAAUAAGAGUAUUAAGAAAAAUACAAUUCUUUUCGUAAUCAUCCUGCCUUUAGCAGACUAAACAAUUACAUUAUUAAAGCCUUAAUCGAUUGUGUCUAUAUCUAAUCCUUUAUCAAAAAUUAAAGUGUUUACAUUGAAAAUGAGUUGAUGGCCAAUGUAUAUAUUGUGAAAUCUGGAGAGUUUAAAAUGAGUAAAAGGAUCUUGUACUAGAAUUCUGUGUUUUAUAAUCAAAAGAGAUGGAAACAAUUUGAGAUUUGUUUAUUGGAAAAAGGUGAAACUUUUGGAAUAGAACAUCAAGAUGAGGAACCAAAAGGAUGUUACAAAUACUCAGUGACUUGUCAGUCAUAUGAGGGAUCAUUGUAUUCACUAAAGCUAGAUUAGAUUACUUAGAUUUUAUAAGAUAAUUACAUCAAAGUAUCUGUAGAUAAUCUCUUUCAAUAUCAAUAACAAUUAAGUAAGAAUAGGCUUUACAUCAAUCGAGAACAAUAAAUUAAUCAAUUGUAUUCAAACAUUACUCAGUCCUUAAAACACAGAGAAAUUAGAUCAUUUUAAAAUGCCAAUAACGAAAAUCUGAAAAUUAGAUCUCAAUCGAAUGUUAACAAUGAGGUUGUGAACAACAAUAAUAGAUUUUAAAAUAGAUCUAUCAGUUAUGACAUCUCGUAUUGUGAUAAAAUAUAAUCGUUGAUUAACUACUAAAAAUAAAUAAUCAAUAAUCCAAGAAGGAUUAUCAAGACCGAAAUCUUGGAGGAUGACAAUUAUGUUAAUUAAUCGGUCAACAAUCACAUCAGAGCAUUAAAACCAUUUAUCAGUAAUUUUGCCUCAGGAAGAAAUCUAACUAAACGAACUCAACCAACUUCUUAGGAUAAAAUAGAAGAAUCAAAUCAAAAUGAAAAGAUCUUUAAAUUGAAGGUACUCCUCAAAUUGGGAUGCAGACCGAAAAAUAAUCUACAAAUCAGAUUGCAUUAAAUUCACAGUCAACAUCUAUCCAAAAUGUUCCCGUUCCAUCCCAAAUGA